AUGUCCAUCCUCAAUCAUGAAAUGACAGGACAAAGCAAUCAACAAAAGAAAACAAAUAGACUAAACUAUUCGGAUGCAUGGUUCAAUGGGAAAUUGAACGAGCACCAUGUUUCCUCUCAACAACCCCCAAUCCGACGACAAUCAAGAGGUGUUGAAGAGAUAACUGAUGAAAUUUAUUCGGAACCAUCAGUGGAAGAGCUAUCAGACGAUCAGCAGCACCAUAACCUGUCCAAAUUGAACGAGAGUUAUAGAGAGUUGGCAAACUCUUACAAAAUACCGGGUAUGGACAUUCUCAACAAUGCGAUGAGCUCGUCUUUUCGGAACAUUGGUAAUAUUGAGGGGGUGUACGGGAAUGACAUAUCCAUGGUUUUCGGUCAAAAGAAAUCCUCACAAAAAGGUGUCAUCAAAGUUGUAGCGAGAGUAAGACCUCUCAACAAAUCGAGUUAUUUGGUGUCAGACGAAAACAAAAUUUUAGAAAUUGGUGAAGAUCGAAAAAGCAUGCUCGUUGGAAAGUAUUUGGGAAAAAACUCGAAUGACGAUUUCAGAACCAAUCUUCAAUUUACUUUUGAUAGAGUUUUUGAUGAAUAUGCUAAUCAAGAAUUAUUCUAUCAUAGCUGUGGUUAUCCAUUGUUUAAAAGUUUUGCAAGUGGCGUGAAUGGAAAUGUAAUUUUAUAUGGUCAAACAAGAUCUGGAAAAAGUUACACGUUGGAAGGUCUUCUUGAUGAAGAACGAAGAGGCUUAGUUCCAAGAUUUGUAGAAGACACUUUUAAAUUUAUGAAUACGUAUAGUCAUGGGCAAGGUGCUUUAAAUGCCAAGUUUGUCUUCUCAGUUUCAUUUCUUCAAAUUUACAACGAUGUUGUGACUGAUUUGCUCUCAAGUCAACCCAAAAAUUUAAAAAUUGUUGAAGACAAAAGCAAAACAGAUGGCAGAACGUGUACUUCUGUGGUUGGGCUUCGGAGGCAAAUAUUGAAAGAUCCCAAAGAUAUUUACACCAUUUUGAAAUAUGCAAAACAAAACAGAACUGCUCUUCCAUCGGGAUUGAAACCACCAGACCUUCAUGCCAGAAGUCAUACCAUUCUUUCUCUUCAUCUUGAACAAACAUGGCCACAAUUAAUUUCAGCAACAACAUCUUCGGUUGAUGUUCAAACACAAAAUAUAUGCAGUCAAAUCAGUUUUGUGGAAUUGGCAGGUUCGGAGAAAGCAAGAGAUUUUUCUCAACUCAUAUCGAGUAGUGCUUCAUCGACGAAUGAAGAGGGAUCGAAAAUAGCAAGAACAUUCAAUGCUCUAUCCUCUGUGAUGACCUCCUUAGGAAAAGUGAUCGUACAACAUACUAGUUCAGAUCAAACAACCACAUCCAUGCAAGAAGCAAUAGAAUAUAGCGCCUUAAAUUUGAGUGUCAAUUCAACAAUAGUCAACAACAAAAUUCAUAUACCUUAUCGAGAUUCCAAACUUACUCACAUUUUAAGAGACACUUUACGAGAGGAUUCUAUCACGUUGGUUGUGUCAUGUCUCUACCCAAUUCCUGAAAAUUAUAGUGAAAUUUUAAUGACUGCAAAAUAUUGCUCCAGACUGAAACAAAGUGUUUACUCUCCAAGUUGUGGUGAAAAUGUUCCAUCUUCACCCACGAAAGAACACGUGUCCUCCUCUCCGAUAAAACCAAAACUCAAUUCAUCACACUACGAAGGAACACCAAGGAAGGUUUCAUUUGGAGAAACCGAUGAAGAACCACGUAAGGACACAACACCUGCAUUCCCAAAGCAAGCCACAACCACAAUGAAAAAUUCAUUGAUUGCAGAUAGUUAUAUCGAGAGUGAUGAUCAAAGACAAUGUCUCAAUGAGAAGGAAAGACUUAAAAAAGAAAAUGAAGAACUCAGAAGCAUUGUGAAUAUUGACUCAAUGACAAGAAGAAAUGUGCAAAAGAAUUUAGAGCAUUUGGAAAAAGAAAUGACUCGUGCCGACGAGGAAAGAAAAGCUCUUCGAGAACGAGUCACUGAAUUGACACAAAAAGCAAAAGAAUAUGCUGAAAAAAAUACAUCAUUACAAGAGACACUUGUCAACACAAAACAACAAGUUGAAAAUCUCAUGAAACUAAAAGAAACAAUGGAAGAGGAGAUGGAUCGUAGUCGAGAGUUUAUUAGCCAGCUUUCAAUUGAAAAUUCCAAACUCAAUGAACAACUCAUUAAUCAGGCUGUUAUUCAUGAAACUGCAAUAUCCAAAUCAGCAACAAGUCAAAUUGAUAUUUUGGAAAAGGAAAAUUAUCAAUUGAAACAAGAUAUACUCAGACUUCACAAAACAAAUUCUUUGAACGAGUCUAAGGCCAUUGCUGAUCUUGAAAACUCGAUGAACAAUUUAUUAGAAGAAUUGCAACAGAAAAAUCUCAAAACAAUACGUUAUCCAAGGAGCUUGCCGAAUCCAAGUGCCUUAUUGAAGAACAACAACAAGUACUGA